ACACGUAAUAUGUGCCCCUAUAGCAGUGUUUUUCAACCAGGGUGCCUCCAGUUAUGGCAAAACUACAACUCCCAGCUUGCCCAGCCCAUGCCGUACAUCUACGUCAUGGGUCGGAUGCGGUAGUAUAACGUGUGCCCGGGAGUAAGGAUUGCAUCAUAGCUGGCAGAGUCUGGCUACUAUCUGGAGCUGGCAUGUGCCAGUAUUGAUGCGGAUCACUCCGAUGUCCGUCAUUUACUGUUUCAAUGAUGCGAUCUCUGCGUUUUGACAGUUCUGUUUGAGAAUGAAACAAGACUUGGCUAGAAAUGCUACAUACACAGUGGACUGUGAGGACUUUGUACAUGUGGUGGAAUUCAAUCCCUUUGAUUCGGGAGGUGUGGGCUCCUUAAUCGCCUACGGUGGUAACAACUACGUAGUUGUCGCUUCUUGCCGAUUUCAGGAAGAAGAUUCUAGUGUAAAUGGCAUAGAAUUCAAGAUUAUCAAGACCUUUCAUCAUGGAGCACGAGUUGAUGCAAUAGCCUGGAGUCCAGAAACCAAAUGUGAUGCUUUGCCUCCCCUUCUCAGAUUUUGUACAGCAGCAGGAGAUAAAACACUCAGGGUUUUCACUUCAGAUUUUCAUGAGCAGAAUGAAUACAAGGUCCUGCAGGGUCAUACUAGCUACAUCAAUGACGUGGUUUUUUGUUCAUACGAAGGAAAUGAGAUUGCAAGUGUCAGUGAUGAUCACACGUGCCGAAUUUGGGAUUUAGCUGGUAACCAGAUUGCAUUGUUUAUGCUGCGUUCCCCUGGGAUGAGUGUGGUUUGGCAUCCACUAGAAGCUUACAAGCUGAUGGUAGCAGAGAAGACGGGCAUAAUCCGAAUCUACGAUUUGACUAGACGUCAAGCCAUACUGUCACUUGAAUCCAUGCAGAUGCCACUUAUGUCGGUAGACUGGUGCUUACAAAAUACAUUCAGAGUAGGAGCAGUUGCAGCAAAUGACUGGUUAAUUUGGGAAAUGCCACGCUCCAGCUACCCUCAAGAUAAUAAGCCUGUGCAUGCAGACAGAGCAAAAUGCUUCAAGUGGUCCAAGUGCAAUGAAAACCUAUUUGCCACUACUGGAUGUCCAGGAAAGAUGAGCACUCAACUUCUUAUCCAUCAUUUAGGACACCCCCAUCCCAUCCUUAUUGGCACCGCUCCUGUGAGUUCUGGACUCAGCUGGCACCGAUGUCUGCCUCUUUGUGUUGUUGGGGGAUACCGCAAGCUUUUCUUCUGGCUUACAGAAAUGUAACUGUACAGAAAAUAUUAAUCUCAUAAAGACCAGGCUAUGUUACACCUUCAAUAAGCUUUCCAGGAUGUGAAGAAAAUUGGCUAAACAGAGGAAAUCAUAUAAAAAACAAAAGAACCUAUACUAUACCGCCUGACAGAUCGGCUGCUGCCACAAUGCCUCCAGCCAGCUUUCAUUUACCUUGCUGCUGCCCACGACAUGGGGAAAACCCUUUAAGAAUCAAGGGACAUUUUACAGCUCUCCCAUUUGUUAUGUAAAGGAUUAUAUCUUUGUACAUAGUUUAUAAAACCCUGUUAUUUUUUUCACAGUUUUUCAGAACAAAUGGGGCUUUUGUUUAGAGGUAUACUCUGAUAUAUUUUCUACUUCUAAAGCAGAAAAAAUGGGGGAAAAAAUCUAAUUAUUUUAAGAGCGGUAGUUUCCAAAUAAAUUGUACUUUUUCCAAAUCAAAUGUGUAUUAUUUCAUUUACCCCAAAUACAAGGACACCAAGUAUGUGGUCUUUGUUUUUAUUUUUGUUUUAGAUAACUAUAUUGUCCAAAAUGUUAAUAUAUUUUCCAGUGUAAUUACAUUUCUGAUUCAAUGACACAAGUGUAAUGGCUUUAACUCCUUAAGGAAUAAGCCCAUUUUGACCUUAAAGGGGUACUCCGGCGCUAAGACAUCUUA